AUGUUACGUCCGCCGUUUCCGCGCUUCUUCUAUAACACUCAAACGACGCCGACAACCAAUGAACCUUCACUGAAUAACAAUACCUAUGUAUUUGUCCAACCUGCUCCAUCGACUAAUGCGCUCGGACUUGAACGCAGUAAUUCGCCCCACUCGGUUGACGGCUCCACCGCGAUCCGCACCCGCAACCAAAAUCGAAAGCGCCGCGGCACCGAAAACAGUCUGCCCGUAACGCUUGACGCCCUUGAAGUUCGCGCCGAUUUACGGAAAGAGAGCGACAAGGAGCAAGAACCGGCUCCGGACAAGCAGCAAUCAGAACCAGUAAAAGACUUGCCUGCGCCUGUAUCAGAGCCGACCACCCCAACGGUUGCAGUUACUCCUGUACGCAAGGAACCCAAAACACCUGCACAACCCAAGAUGGAGCCCGCUCCCGACUAUCAGGUUCCAUUUCCUCAGGUGCAGGACCCAACGUCCAGAGCUAAACGCUCGGGAGACUGGGAGCGCGACCAGGCAGCCCUCCGUUCGCCCACGCUCUCGGCACACUCUAACACCUCGGGCUCGCAUACUACCGCACCUACAUCCGCCUCGACGGCCAACACCAGCGCAGGCGCACUCACCAUUCCGGGCGCGUACGAUUCGGGGAGCGCAUCGGGUGGCUCGGGCCUCGAGACCACCCCGACGCGCGAAACUGUCGCCAAGGCCAAGCGCGGAAGUGCCGGGUCUGUAAGUGGGAACAGUACUAGCGCGGGCGGCGGGAGCAAGAACAGCAACCCGUCAUCCCAGGCGGGCUUCUACUCGCAGCAACAACUAGCGCAACAUUUGCCUCCAAAUCCAUCCCCGAUCCACCAACCGUACCGCGCGACGCCUCCCCCUCCUUCUACUGGGUCUCCUCAAAUCCAGUCCAUCCGUCCUGCCCAGGGCGGUUCUUCGCCUUCCCAGCCUCCUAGACAGGCUUAUGCGCCACCGCCCCCACCACCCGCGAUGGGAUCUGGCUCCACAUCCAGCUCGAUUGAUAGUUUUGAGACGCCCUCGCUCCAGACUGCGCGCUCAUAUCCUAACACGGUGACGACGACCAACUCGCCUCCUACUCUUCCAGACUCUCCGUCUCCUCCCGAAUUACAGAGUCCGCCGUAUGUCCCUCAGCUCAUUGGGGCUGGUCCUACCGCUCCUACUCUGAGCACCGUCGUCAAUCUCAUCCAAGCCCAACCAGUCCCUAUAUCUCCUGUCCAUCCGCGUCCACAACAUCGGACUCCAGCUAGCGUGCUUGGACCGACCAAGAUGCAAGAAUCGUGGACGGCUGCAGUUCCACUUGAUGACCCGAUUGACGAAAUGCCCGACCGUAAUCAUUUGAGGAGCCCGCGGGAUGGUGCUGCUGCCCUACGCGGCCAUCGCGGGACGGGUGGUGGUUCGAUUGAUUUUAAGGAAAAUAACCCUACUGCUGCAUGGGCACAGCAACAGCAGCAACAGCAGCAGCAGCAACCCGAAAGGCAGGGUUCUAUCCGUCGCCCCAAGGUCGUGACGCAGACAUCGACUUCGAGUGUACCUCAAUCUCAUCCCCAGCCACCCAUGACGCGCAAUGCCACAAUGCCGAUCACCACGCGCUAUGAGACCCUAUCUCCUCCUCCAAUUCACCAACAACACGGUGGUUUGCAUCUAGACUUGCACGAUAAUCAAUCCAAGGCCGUCCCUGAGAAACCACAACCUGCACCGGCGCCUCCCAGAAUCCAAACUGGUCGUGGACCAUCGCCUAGCCCGAAUUUGAGAGGACGCCAGCCCGCUCCUCCUGCUCCCGCCCCUGCGGCCAACACGCCACCUUAUUCAUAUGAUGAUCCUUAUCGCAGCCGGUCCGGUUCGCAUGCAUCGUCGUUUGCUCAGCAACAGCAGCAACCACCCAGAGCCCCUCCCCCUGUCCAACAACCUCAGUGGGGUGCGCGCGCACCCGGAACUGGUAUUGUUCCGUUUAACGAAGAUCUCGACCACGAUGAACACGAGCACGAGCCUAUUCCGCCCAUGCACCAGCAACAGCGCCCGGUGGACCAAGCCGUUAUGGACUGGGCGAAUCACACUCAGAGCCAGCACCCACUUUCUCAUCCGAAUCAACCUCCUGUUCAGGCUGCUCCCGCCCCCGCAUCUGCCCGUGGUCGAUCCAGAUCCCGAGGCCGGGGCGAUCAGGCUCAAGUCCAACCACCGCCCAUGGAUCCUGCGACCGCGUUCCAACAGCAACAUCAACCCCAACCUCAGCAGCAGCAUAGGUCGCCUGAAGUCAACGGUCGUGCAGGGGGGCGAUCCCCCCUCCCUGCUCCCUCGGCUGGGCAUGGUAGCGGUUCGGGUAGUUCCGAGGCCGAAGACUUGAAGACUCCUCGUUCACCUUCGGUGCCCUUGCCCGGAGAUGGCGGCGGAUACGGCCAACGGGGCUUUGGAGGAUAUAGUAAUUUCAGCGUCGGCCCGCCUACGGUGAACCACAUCCAUACUCAGGAUAUGGGGUACCCCAAUGGGCAAGGGCAAAUGUACCCAUCGAUGGGUUUCGCGCAAUCUCAGUAUGCAUUACAGCAAAUGGGAGCCGGUCAUCAGGGAAUGGGCAUGCAUCAGAUGAAUGGCCGUCAAAUGAACGGGCGGGAUCCGCAUCACCAACAGUACAACUAUGGCUACCCGCAGGACCUGUCUUCCUCUGCGAGCGGCUCGUUCCUCGAUGGCUGGAACCAGUACCCUAACCAUAUUCGACCUUCGGCACCUGUUCCUCCCACUCCUAGCACUGGUAGUGGACCAUCCGUCGUCUCUGGUGAUAUUAGAAACGGCCAGCCAGGUCAUAUGACACGCGCCCAAACGGUGAUGUACAACCAUCAUCAGCAGCAGGUGUAUCAACAACCCUACAACUACGCCCAACAAUAUGCUAUGGAUCCGUACCGUGCCCCGUCGGUUGUGAGCUCGUUUAUGGCUUCUCCUUUUUCACACAAUCCAUUCCUGCCGCCGGUUGAACCGCAAAGCACUCAAUCGUCGCCGUCCCACCAGCCAGUCGGACUUCCUUAUGGAGGCAAGCGGUUCGGAGGACCGAGAAUGGGAACAAAGGGCAGUCGCCGCAGGCGCAUGAUGGAGGAGUACCGCCCAGAGAGCACUGUUCCCAACGAUACCGCGUCUGAAGCCGAGACCGAGGCAAAGCGUGUGCCCGAGGCUGAGACCGAGUUUGAGACCGAGACGGAGAUGGAAGAGGUCUGGCUCGAAGAGUCUGAUGACGAUGAGCUCGAGAAUGAGUUUCACCCUACGUAUUUCGUUAAUCCUGCCAAGCGGAAGAGGAGAUUUGAACAAAAGUGGGAGCAGAUGGUUAAACUCUUCCGCGAAAUCGAUCGCGAGACGGACGCGACGAUGAUCCUCGCUGCUGCACCUCCAGACCAGCACCAGACUCAUCUUUUGUUAUCUCGCUCGAUCCUGCGAGACACCAACUUUUCGCAUAUAGCACAGGAAGCCCGCUCCGUGUUUUCUGACAUCACCGUUGCCCGGCGACACCAGCGCUCCGAGACUUUGCGCCGAGCUCGCCAGGAACGACAACGCAAAAAGGCCUCUGACGAGCGUUUGUCGGCUGUUGCGCACUUGACGCUGGCCACGCAAGGUGGUGCGGACAACGUUGGCAGCGGGAGCGACGAGACGUCUGUUCCGACGCAGCAGACCGAUCAGGACUUGCGCAUGGCACUCGACGCCGCACGAGUGAGCUUGCAAGAGAUGCGACGGGUGUAUGAUGAGAUGGAGACGAGGCACCGUGAAGAGUCCAACAGACGUAAAGAAGAGUCAUUGACCCUCGAAAAACUCCUUACGUCUAUACUCUCAAGCAAAGCAGUCCAGCCCUCGUCUUCUUGA